AUGGAGAAGUCCAUGAGAGAUCUGACCUACCAGGAAAUAGGUCAUCAGCUGGUGUGCACUCAAUUACCUCUGGAGCAGAAUGCUUCUGGAGUUGAGCUUAAGCCUGGAUUCAUAAGGCUGCUGCCCACUUUCCAUGGAUGGGAGCAUGAGGACCCCCAUCAACAUAUCAAAGAAUUUAUUCUGGUGUGUUCUUCCAUGAAACCAUCUGGAGCUAAUGAAGAACUGGUCAUGAGGAAGGCUUUUCCCCUAUCCCUGCAAGAUAAUGCUAGGCAUUGGAUGAUUUACCAGCAGCAACCUUUUGGAAGUUGGCAAGAGAUGCAGCUUAGAUUUUUAAACAGAUUUUUCCCAGCAUCAAGGGUAUCUCAUUUUAGGAGGCAGAUCUGCACCAUUGAGCAAGGGCAGAAUGAAAGUUUGGCUGAUUUCUGGGACAGAUUUAAUCGAUUAUGCCUCAUGUGCCCAAAUCAUCAGCUGCAGGAUUCUUUGCUCCUUACAUACUUCUAUGAAGGUCUGCUGCAAAGGGAAAGAAUGCUAAUUGAUGUGGCUGCUGGAGGGUCUUUAAUGAAUAAAACUCCAGCUGAAGCAAAACAGCUAUUGAGUAAUAUGGCUGAAUGCUCUUAUCAAGGAUCUUUGUACAAUAAAGCUGCUGAAACUGUACCAGAAAGUAGGACAGAAUCGAAGGACUUAAGGGAAUUGACUCAAGUGAUGUCCCAGUUGGUGGAAAAAGUGAAGCUGCUGAACCAGGAACCUUUAGAGGAUAAGAGGACAACAUCAGGGGUGUUAGAAUGGUCUGAAAACAUAGAAAAUGCAAACUGUGAUGCAGCAGCCAUAAAUUGGAAAGAGAACUGGAGCACAAAGGAAUCGCAGGAGCUUCAACAAAUUUAUUUGGAAAAUGAACAAUCGGCUGGCUCUAUUGAAGAUGAUAAAAAGAGCAGUGUAAGAGUGGAAGCUAACCCUCCAGAGAAGAAUGGAAAUACCAAGUAUAUUCCUCCUCACUUGAGAGGAAAUGCUAAGUUGGGGAAGAUGCAGCCAGCCCAAAAAAAAAAAGAGGUGCAGUUAAAUAGGACUGCUAGCCAGCAGAGCAACUUCAGGCAGACCCACCAGCCGUGGCAAACCCAGAAUCAACAGCAGCAUUAUAAUCAGGGGUCCAGUUCACAAAAUCAGGGGUGGAGAAAUUGGAUGAACCCCAGAUAUGAGCCUCAUCCGUACAAUCAGCAAGGUAGCCAGCAAACAAAUGGGCCACUGCAGAGCAUGAAUCAGUACACACAGCAGUAUAGGCAAAAUCAGUCACAAAUGCAGCCCAAGAUGGACCCAAUUCUGGAGGCUACCAUUCAGGAUCUGAAGAUGCAGAUUGGACAGCUAGCACAUGCCGUGAAUGAGCUAGUGAAUCAGAAAGUUGGAGGCAUCCCUGCUCAACCAGUAGUGAAUCCAAAGGAACCACCAAGCAAAACAUAA